ACUGUCCCGUUCAAAUAGAACGUAAUCGUAUUACGCAUCAUUUUUUUCUUUUAUAAAAGAAUGUGUUUACAUCACAUGAUACACGCGCACAGUUUUGUCACCACCGAUUUGCUUAUUGUGUAUUGUAUUUCAUUUUUUACCAAGGUUUUUUUUAAUAGUUCUAAUAGGAGAAUUUAAGAUUUUUUUACAAUUUUCAAAACAAUGUCAUUGCUUUUAAAAGUAGCCGAAUAUGUAACACCAGUGUUAAAAGAAUCAAGAUUUAAAGAAACUGGUGUUAUAACGCCUGCUGAAUUUGUGAUAGCUGGUGAUCAUCUUGUUCAUCAUUGUCCAACAUGGCAAUGGCAAACGGGUGAUAAAACAAAAUUAAAAACAUAUUUACCACCAAAUAAACAAUUUCUAAUUACUAAACAAGUGCAUUGUUUCAAACGCUACAAAGAUUUGGAAUCAAUAAAAUUUCAGGAACAAAUUAUUGAUGAAAAUGAUGAUGAAGGUGGCUGGGUCGAUGCACAUGUCAAUGAAACGGAAAUGCAAAAAGAUGAUGGUGAUGUAGUUCUUGGCGUUGAAGUAACUGAAGAUGAUGAAUUGAUCGAUCAGGUUCGUGAUUUGAACAUGGCUGCUAACAAUGAUAAUCAAAAAAAUAAUGAUGAUGAUGAUGACGAUGAUGACAGUGAAGCCGAAGAUAUUGAAACCUAUAUGAAUCGACAGAAUGUUGGUGAUGAAGAAGAUAAGUGUGUGGCUGAUUUAUCGAAAAUACAACGAGAAUUAAUGGAACAAGCAAAUCCAAAUUCCAGUAUACGUUCUGGUGAUAAUAAAAAUGUGAUUCAAACACGUACUUAUGAUCUUUAUAUUACGUAUGAUAAAUAUUAUCAAACACCACGAUUAUGGUUAUCCGGUUAUGAUGAAUAUUUACGUCCAUUAUCCAUUGAUGAAAUGUAUGAAGAUAUUAGUCAAGAUCAUGCCAAAAAAACCGUUACAAUGGAAUGGCAUCCAAAUAUACCCGGUAUGAUGGCAUCUGUACAUCCAUGUAGACAUGCUGAAAUGAUGAAAAAAAUAAUGACAACAAUGGAAGAAAAUGAAAAACAUUUAGAAGUUGAUCGUUAUUUGAUUGUAUUUUUGAAAUUUGUACAAUCAGUUAUUCCAACCAUACAGUAUGAUUAUACACAAAAUGUUUGUAUGUAAAAUGAGAAUAUUCGUAUUGAUUUAUCAAAAAUAUCGAAAACAUCAAUUAGUAGUGAAGAAAAUAACAACGACAACAAAAAAAAAAUCAAGAUAAUCAGACAUUAUGUCACAAUAAUGUCUUAAAAUUCGUGUGGCCAAACAAACAAACAAAAAAUGUAUGUCAUCAUCAUUCUAUUUAAUCAUCAAAAAAUAAUUAAUGUUUAAUUCGUGAAAAAAAAUUGCUAAUGUUCAUUUAUCGUUUCAUUUUCUUGUAUUUCGCAAUUCACCGAUAAUGUCAAUGUAUAUUCAAAUCGAAUUCGAUUGAUUGAUAAAUUCUCACGAUCCCAUUUCUUUCAUCAAAUAGAAGCCUGUUUUUUUUAAAAAUCCUGUUUUGUCACCACAAAAUUUACCCAUUACCAAUAUUAUUAUUAUUAUAAUACGAAAUGAUGGUGAUCAUAAGCAGAACGAACAAAUGAAAAAGGACAACAACAAGCAAAAUAAUAGAAAAAAAAUUGAAUAAUCACAAUGAUAUACGCCCAACGAAUAUAUAAACCACGAAUUAUUCGAAAUUGAAUCGAUUGAUAAUGAUA